UUUCCGUUCUGGUGUCUCAAGCGUCUUGCCAGUUAUAACCCGUGUCAUAACCUCCAGGCAGUUGAAUACUGUUCCUGUCCCUAACCUUUAAUUUUGUUCCAACAAUACUACUUUAAUUCUGUCUUCAUCACCGGAUGACUAUUAUUUUAAAAAUGGAAAUGCCACAGUACGUCACAACCAUAAAGGAAUUUGUGGAGGCACACGCCGUCGGUCUCACCGUUGCAUUUGUUGCAGGGACAAGCCUGCUGGCCUUGCGCAGGUGGCUGGCAGGGGGAGUGUGUCGGAGCAUGGCCAGGCUGGAUGGGAAAACAGUUCUUAUCACAGGAGCCAACACCGGCAUUGGGAAAGAGACGGCCCUGGAUUUGGCACGACGAGGGGCCCGAGUGAUCCUUGCCUGCAGAGACCUGACCAAAGCCCACCUGGCAGCUGAUUUCAUACGUCAAAAGAGCGGGAACGGAAACGUGGUGGUGAAGAGACUGGACCUUGCCUCUCUGAAGUCGGUCAGAGACUUGGCCAAAGACGUCCACAUGACCGAGGAACGUUUAGACAUCCUCAUCAACAACGCAGGUAUCAUGAUGUGUCCCAAGUGGAAGACCGAAGACGGCUAUGAAAUGCAAUUCGGGGUCAACCACCUGGGACAUUUCCUCCUCACUAACCUUCUCGCCGAUUUGCUGAAAAGGUCGACUCCGAGUCGAAUCGUUAUUGUCUCCAGCCUGGCGCAUGAGAAAGGUCACAUCCACUUUGAUGACAUCAACCUGGAUCAAGACUACCAACCGGAUGUGAGCUACCGCCAAAGCAAGCUGGCUAAUGUGCUCUUCUGCAAAGAGCUGGCUUCCAGGCUGCACGGCACAGGGGUGACGACAUACAGCCUCCACCCUGGCGUCGUCCGCACUGAGCUGGCCCGCCACAUGUUCCCUACUAUGGCCCUGUGGAAGAGGAUUCUAGCCAUGCCCUUUUUGAUGAUGAUUAAAAGUCCCUGGGAAGGAGCUCAAACCAGCAUCUACUGCGCUGUGGACGAGAGUCUGACCAACGCCAGCGGACUGUACUACAGCGACUGUGCCGUAAAGACUCCGUCCCCAGCCGUACUGGAUGAUACUGUCGCCAAACGACUGUGGGUCCUCAGCGCCUCCAUGGUUGGCCUGGUCUGAAACCAGCAGCUUGUUGCGCCUCCAUUCAUACAGAAAUAGCAACCAGGCAUUGAUUGGAUGAAGGCGAGGUGCUGAAUUAUGUGGCCUUUUUUUAAAAUUUGACCUUAAAAUUUGCACUCUCCAUUUGCACUGUCCGUAAUAUACAGAAGUAUCAGGGUCAAAGGGCAUUUUUGUGGGAAAAUAUUUGAUAAUACACCAAAAUUAUUACAAUAUUAAUACUUUAGAAGAGUUCAUUUUUAUUACUAGAAAAAUCUAAGAUGUAAUUGUAUGCAAAUGAAGUCUUUCAAUAACAUUUUCAUAGAUUUUACUCAACUAUCCAAAUUGUCCAUAGGUAUGAAUGUGAGUGUGAAUGGUUGUUUGUCUAUAUGUGCCCUGUGAUUGGCUGGCGACCAGUCCAGGGUGUAUUUUCUUUAUUAUGCACAAGACACAAAGCAUUGUUUAUAUAGCAAUAUAUAUAGUGUUUACAGUGAAUUAGAUGGUUGGCUGUGUUGUAGCAGAAUACACAUGGUCUCAAACACGCGGCCCGCGGGCCAAAUGUGGCCCGCAGGACACUAGUUUGAGGCCCCCGCCUUGAUAUGAAAGUUUAAUGUUAGUGCGGCCUGCGCAAGUUUGAUAUGGAUGAUGUAUGGUAUCAUGUAGCCAGAAAAAAUUAUUACGUUUGAUUAAUGUUCAUGUUAAAGGUUAAAUAACUGUUAAUAGUUAUCCUCCCUAUCCGUGUGGAAGUGGUACGUUUUUGGCUAUUUAAGUUUAAACAUUAUUUUAUAUAUACAUUUAUUUAAGUUUUGACAUUUUCAUAGAUUAUAGACUAUCCAAAUUGUCCAUAGGUAUGAAUGUGAGUGUGAAUGGUUGUUUGUCUAUAUGUGCCCUGUGAUUGGCUGGCGACCAGUCCAGAGUGUACCCCGCCUCUCGCCUGAAGACAGCUGGGAUAGGCUCCAGCACCCCUGCGACCCUCAUGAGGAUAAUCGGUAGAAAAUUAAUGAAUAAAUGAAAAUUCCAAUAAUGUUACAAGUCUUCAUUUUCAUAAUAUUUGUAUUUUCCCCCUGAAACGCCCUUCAUAGUCAUCUGUGAGGUAAAGGGUUAAAUUGCACUGAUUUCCUGUUAACUGCUGUGAUAUUGUGUUGCUAUUAGGAGGUCAAGUUGUCUCAUCACAUUUGGUACUCUUAAGUAACUGAAAUGUAUGCCAUACAAUAAGUAGUGUUACAGAAUGUUUAUAUAGUCAUCAAGACAAAAAAAAAAACACGGAGGGAGGACCUUAUAUUUAUUUGGAGGAUAUUUACUAUGAAGUGAUUUUAUUUUGAAGUGACUUUUGGUGUAGUAUCUGACACAGCUUUAAAUAAAUACAUCAUAAAACACACCAGUUACGUACCAUAAUUAAAAUUUGGCUUGUUUUUGCAGCAGUCAUCGCUCUAAAGUUGUGAAGUGCAAUUUAUUUUUGAAGCCACAAAUGGACAGCCGUGAAAGUGCAAUAUUGAAGACAUGUUUAGAAGUCAUUGUAAUAAAUAUGCCAUGUAAUAAACUGACAAAUGUCUGAUCACUUUAACGAGUGUUCCACUGUUUGCACAAGCAAGAUGGAAGUAUGAUUUGCAUUGUUUCAACCAAAACAUUGAUUGUAGGUGUGAUGUUAUUUAUUGUGAGGGGCGGUAAGGGUUCCCAAGCUUUUUCACCUCCAUACCCAAAAAUCUGAAA